AUGUCAAAAAUUAGAAGGAAGGUCACGGUGGAAAAUACCAAGACCAUAUCUGAUAGCACAUCCCGAAGACCCAGUGUAUUUGAAAGGCUUGGACCCAGCACUGGCAGUACAGCAGAGACACAGUGCCGUAACUGGCUGAAGACUGGCAACUGCCUCUAUGGAAACACAUGUAGAUUCAUACAUGGCCCUUCACCCCGUGGUAAAGGUUAUAGCAGCAAUUAUAGAAGGUCACCAGAAAGACCUACAGGGGAUCUUAGAGAAAGAAUGAAGAACAAGCGCCAAGAUGUGGACUCUGAGUCCCAGAAACGAAAUACAGAGGAGUCAUCCUCACCUGUUAGGAAAGAAUCUUCAAGAGGGAGACAUAGGGAAAAGGAAGACAUAAAAAUCACUAAGGAGAGAACUCCAGAAAGUGAAGAAGAAAAUGUAGAAUGGGAAACUAAUAGAGAUGAUUCUGACAAUGGAGAUAUUAAUUAUGAUUAUGUUCAUGAGUUGUCAUUGGAAAUGAAGCGUCAAAAGAUACAGAGGGAAUUAAUGAAGCUGGAACAAGAAAACAUGGAGAAAAGAGAAGAAAUUAUUAUUAAAAAGGAGGUUUCACCAGAAGUGGUUAGAUCAAAGUUGUCUCCAUCACCUUCUCUAAGAAAGUCUAGCAAAUCUCCGAAGAGAAAGUCAAGCCCUAAGUCAUCAUCUUCAACUAGCAAGAAAGACAGGAAGACAACUGCAGUUUCCUCUCCAUUGUUGGACCAGCAGAGGAAUUCAAAAAGCAACCAAAGUAAGAAGAAAGGACCUCGAACUCCUAGCCCACCCCCUCCUAUACAGGAAGAUAUUGCUCUAGGGAAAAAAUACAAAGAAAAAUACAAAGUGAAAGACAGGAUAGAGGAAAAACCAAGAGAUGGAAAGGACAGAGGACGAGAUUUUGAAAGACAAAGAGAAAAAAGAGACAAGCCGAGGUCCACUUCCCCAGCAGGACAACAUCAUUCUCCAAUAUCUUCUAGACAUCACUCAUCUUCCUCACAGUCAGGAUCGUCGAUUCAAAGACAUUCUCCUUCUCCUCGCCGAAAAAGAACUCCUUCACCAUCUUAUCAGAGGACAAUAACUCCACCUUUACGCCGCUCUGCUUCUCCCUAUCCUUCACAUUCUCUGGCUUCUCCUCAGAGAAAGCAAAGCCCUCCAAGACAUCGCUCUCCAGUGAGAGAGAAGGGGAGGCAUGAGCAUGAGCGAGCUUCACAGUCUCACGAUCGGCGUCAUGAAAGGAGGGAAGAGACUAGAGGUAAAAGGGACAGAGAAAAGGACACAAGAGAAGAACGAGAGUAUGAACAGGAUCAGAGCUCUUCUCGAGACCACCGGGAUGACCGAGAACCUCGAGAUGGGCGGGAUCGGAGAGAUACCAGAGAUGCGAGAGACCGAAGGGAACUAAGAGACACUAGAGAUGUUCGGGACUCCAGGGAGAUGAGAGAUUAUAGCAGAGAUAACAAAGAGAGCCGCGACCCCAGGGAUUCUCGGUCUGCUCGUGAUGCCCACGACUACAGGGACCGUGAAAGUCGAGAUGCUCAUCGAAAGGAGGACACGUAUCAGGAAGAAUCCCGAAGUUAUGGCAGAAACCAUCUGAGAGAAGAAAGUUCUCGCACUGAAAUAAGGAAUGACUCCAGAAAUGAGUCUCGAAGUGAGAUUAGGAAUGACCGGAUGGGCAGAAGUAGAGCAAGAGCUCCAGAGAUGCCUGAAAAGGGAAGUCGAGGCACAAGAGGUUCUCAGAUUGAUAGUCACAGUAGUAGUAGCAACUAUCAUGACAGCUGGGAGACGCGAAGCAGCUAUCCUGAAAGAGACAGAUACCCUGAGAGAGACAACAGAGAGCAAGCAAGAGAUUCUUCCUUCGAGAGAAGACACGGGGAGAGAGACCGUCGCGACAACAGAGAGAGAGAUCAAAGACCAAGCUCACCAAUUCGACAUCAGGGAAGGAAUGACGAGCUUGAGCGUGAUGAAAGAAGAGAGGAACGAAGAGUAGACAGAACGGAUGAUAGAAGAGACGAAAGGGCUAGGGAGAGAGACCGCGAACGGGAGCGCGAGCGGGAGAGGGAGCGCGAGCGGGAGAGGGACCGGGAGAGAGAGAAAGAGAGAGAACUGGAACGAGAGCGGGCGCGGGAGCGCGAGCGCGAGCGCGAGCGAGAAAGAGAGAAGGAGAGAGACCGGGAGCGAGAGCGAGACCGGGAGCACGACAGAGAGAGGGAGAGAGAGAGGGAGCGCGAGCGGGAGAAAGAGCGCGAGCGCGAAGAGAGGGAGCGGGAGCGCGAGCGCGAGCGGGAGCGGGAGCGGGAGCGCGAGCGCGAGCGGGAGAGAGCGAGGGAGAGGGAGCGCGAGCGCGAGCGCCAGAGGGAGUGGGAGGACAAGGAGAAAGCUCGCGAGGACCGCAGGGAAAAGCGGGAAGACGUCCGGGAAGACCGGAACCCCAGAGACGGCCACGAGGAGAGAAAGUCCAAGAAGCGCUAUAGAAAUGAAGGGAGUCCUAGCCCUCGUCAGUCACCUAAGCGCCGGCGAGAGCAUUCUCCUGACAGUGAUGCCUACAACAGUGGGGAUGAUAAAAAUGAAAAACACAGACUCUUGAGCCAGGUUGUUCGACCUCAAGAAUCACGUUCUCUUAGUCCAUCACACCUUACAGAAGACAGGCAGGGUAGAUGGAGAGAAGACGAUCGUAAACCAGAAAGAAAAGAAAGUUCAAGGCGCUAUGAAGAGCAAGAUUUCAAAGAGAAAGUUUCUUCUGUAGAUAAGCAGAGAGAACAGACAGAAAUAACAGAGAGCUCCAGAACUCGUUCACAAGACCUGACAGGACACCACCCAUCCGAAGAUCGAGACACCUCUGAUGGAGCUUAUGAGGAGAGCAAAAGAAAAGCGAAGAUUCAGAAGAAGCCUAUUAAGAGAAAGAGAGAUGAUGAUGUUGGAAUGGGGAGGGGUAACACAGAGAUAGCGUCUGAAGAUUGUCAAGUAUUUUCACCAAAAAAAGGGCAGAAGAAGAAAAGUGUUGAAAAGAAGCGUAAGAGGUCCAGAGGUGAUUCUGACAUCUCUGAUGAAGAAACGGUGCAGCAGAGUAAGAAGAAAAGAGGCCCGAGGACUCCGCCUAUCACAGCCAAAGAGGAGCCGGCUGACAUGCCCAGUGAUAAGGAUGGCGCUCUGGAGGACCCUCAGAAGAAAGAGGAUACAGCGUUCAGUGACUGGUCGGAUGAGGACGUGCCUGACCGCACGGAUCUGACGGAGCCAGAGCAUGCCGCCACUGCCACCACCCCUGGAAGAACCCCUUCGCCGUCUUCUCUCCCUCCUCCCCCGCCUCCUCUGUCUGCUACUGCGGCCACCCCUGCCACGGCCUUCGGCACAUCGACCACCACCAUUUCCACCUCCGCCCUCCUCACCACCAAUACAUCUUUUACCAGUGAAGACUCCCAUAGGAAGUGCCACAGAACACGAGCGGAAAAGGUAGAGGCGCCUCAUGUUACUAUAGAAGACGCACCGCAUCGCAAGCCAGUGGAUCAGAAGCGGAGCAGCAGCCUCGGCAGCAACCGGAGCAAUCGCAGUCACACGUCUGGCCGCCUCCGCUCCCCAUCCAACGACUCUGCUCAUCGAAGUGGGGAUGACCAGAACGGUCGAAAGAGAGUGCUGCAUAGCGGCUCAAGAGACAGAGAAAAAACUAAAAGUCUGGAAAUCACAGGAGAGAGAAAAUCCAGGAUUGAUCAGCUAAAGCGUGGAGAACCUAGUCGAAGUACUUCCUCAGAUCGCCAGGAUUCAAGAAGCCAUAGUUCCAGAAGAAGUUCUCCUGAGUCAGAUCGACAGGUCCAUUCAAGAUCGGGGUCGUUUGACAGCAGAGAGAGGCUUCAAGAGCGUGACCGUUAUGAGCACGAGAGAGAGCGGGAGCGAGAAAGGAGGGACGUCCGGCAGAGAGACUGGGAGCGGGAUGCCGAUAAAGAUUGGCCCCGGAAUAGGGAACGGGAUCGACUGCGGGAACGGGAGAGGGAACGGGACAAAAGGAGAGACUUGGACAGGGAGAGGGAGAGACUACUCUCCGAUGCCCUGGAAAGGGACCGGGAGAGGGACAGGGACAGAACGUUCGAAGGUUCUCAAGUAGAGUCUGUAAAACGCAGUGAAGUCAAACUGGAGAGUGACCAUGACAGAGAACUAGAAGGCGGUUCCCGAGACUCUGGAGCUUUGGAUAAAGAAAGGCUGGAUAAAGAUCUGGGAUCUGUGCAGGGAUUUGAAGAUGCAAGUAGAGCUGAGAGGACUGAGAGUGUGGAAGGAGACGACGAAUCCAAGCUAGAUGAUGCGCAUUCAUUGGGAUCUGGUGCUGGAGAAGGAUACGAGCCAAUCAGUGAUGAUGAACUAGAUGAAAUUCUGGCUGGUGAUGCUGAAAAGCGGGAGGACCAGCAGGAUGAGGAGAAGAUGCCAGAUCCGCUAGAUGUGAUAGACGUGGAUUGGUCUGGUCUUAUGCCAAAGCAUCCAAAAGAACCACGAGAGCCUGGGGCCGCGCUCUUAAAAUUCACACCUGGAGCUGUUAUGCUGCGAGUUGGCAUUUCUAAAAAGUUGGCUGGUCCUGAGCUCUUUACAAAAGUCAAAGAAACAUGUCAGAGACUUUUAGAAAAGCCCAAAGAUACAGACAGUCUCUUUGAACAUGAACUCGGGGCUCUCAACAUGGCUGCAUUACUACGAAAAGAGGAAAGAGCAAAUCUGCUUAGUAAUCUUGGACCAUGUUGUAAAGCGUUAUGCUUCAGACGGGAUUCUGCAAUCCGAAAGCAGCUUGUGAAAAAUGAGAAGGGCACAGUAAAACAAGCUUAUACAAAUGCUCCAGUGGUAGAUAAUGAGCUGUUACGACUGAGUCUUCGAUUAUUUAAGCGAAAGACGAUGUGCCAAGCCCCAGGACCUGAAAAGACUGAAGAUAAUAAACUUUCACAGUCCAGUAUCCAACAGGAACUGUGUGUGUCUUAAGACUGAAGUCCAGGUACACUUUUGGUACUAUUUUCCUUCAGCAGUGCUUAUUCUUUUUCAAACUUCUUUGGUUUGACAAGCGUUAUUAGUGACAAAGACAGAAAAGACUUACCAGCAUGCUAAAAUAGUGCUGAACUUUUGAUAAAGUUUAAAGACACUAGUUUGGCGAGCUUAAGAUUUUACAUAAAUUUUUACACUGUCCAAAAUAAUGUGAAAGCAUCUAGAUUGAGUUGUAAUUUAUUCUGUACCUUUUGGUAAAACUGAAGCUUUUGAAAACAGUCAUCCUUACGCUUCUAGCCUACACGAAUUUUUUUAUGAAAUGGAGCCAGAGCCACUGACUUAUGUACGGGAUCAUCCUUACAGAAACUGCGAUUCUGCUGUUCACUGAAUAAACACACACACACACCAUGCGCCACUGUGACGCAGGACUCAGAGGGGCUGCUGGGUGUGGGCCGGCCUCUGCAGGAACA